UUUUUUCGAAAAAUUUGGCGCUAACAUCUGCAGCAAUGAAGCGACAUGAUUCGGCGAAGCAGAGAGUUCUUACUGAAGUUCCGACCAUCGUUGACCCCAGUCGUUUCGAAUCAAAGAAGGCUAGAUUAGAUAGUACAUCAUCAAAUUUUUCACCGGAAUCGCGUGUUCUUCAUAUCCGGGGCUUACCAACCGAUGUAAAUGAACUAGAAGUAUCAACGUUAGCUAUACCAUUUGGGUCAAUCGCCAAUAUGAUACUAACAAGAAAGAAUUGUCAAGCUUUAAUUGAAAUGGAUACUUUGGAAUCAGCGGAAUCUAUGUUUGGCUACUAUACAGCUAUAUGUCCUCCGAUUCUACGUGGAAAAUAUCCCUUAGAAAUGCAAUUUAGCAAAUAUUCUUCGCUCACUAACGCAAUGACUAAUAAUGCAGCCACAUCAGCUGUUGAGGAAGCUAAUAAACAAUUUGUAGCAUUUCGAUGCGAAAAUGAAGACUCUCCUAAAACUGUGUUACAUAUUCACAUCGAAAAGCCGCACUGUUCCAUGGAGAUCGGUUAUCUUCCGUUUUUUAUGGCUUUUAGACCAUUCGGACAAAUACUACGUGUGAUAUCAUUCAAGAAAAACGACUCGCGCCAUGCAUUUUUAGAAUACAGUAAUUCUAUAUCAGCUCAUGUUGCGAAAUUGCAAAUGAAUGGUGUACCAUUAUUUCCUAUGGAUAACAAUUUUAACAUUCUUCGUACUGAAUUCUCAAGGCAACCCACUUUAGAAAUUCAUCGAGAAGAUAAUAGUUGCAGAGAUUUUAUUCAAAAUCCUUGGAAUGAAUCUGAUGAGUCGAAUCAUCAUCAAAUGUCAUCAUGUGUGGCAAAUGGGAUUAAAACAUUUAACAAUUUUCCUCCUUCUAUGAAAAGUGACAUGGAUGACUUAAGUGAAGAGAAAUUAUCAUCUAUGGAUCCAGUAUUUUUAAGUGUUUUGGCUAAUCGACUUAUCAAGUCAUUAUUGAAAGUUGCUGGAAGUAUAUCUGGUCCACAAUCUGAUUUAUUACGAGCACAAGCAACAACAUUAUCUAGUCUUACCUCUAUGAUAUCUGAAAAUAGAAAUCACCACAAUUCAUUACCUUGGCCUUUAAUUCCUAAUUUAGCGAUUCAAGAGACUUCUCAUUCCACAGGAAAUUCUGUUCCUUACUCACCAGUUGCCUUUGUAUCGAAUUUAAAUACAGAAAAAGUCAAUCCGGAUACAUUGUUCAUACUUUUUGGUGUUUAUGGAGAUGUGCAACGCGUAAAAAUUCUUCAUAACAAAAGAAGCACCGCUCUGGUUCAAUUCACUGAUGCUAUUCAAGCACUUCGAGCUGUGAAUUUUUUAAAUGGUAUCCCAUUGUAUGGCAAAAUAAUACAUUGUGUUCUUUCAAAAAAUUCAACCGUUAAUAUGCCACACACUAAUAUACAAAAUCUUAUGUCUGACGGGGAAAAUGAAAUAAAAACUACAUGUGAUUAUACGGGACAUAAAUUGCAUAGAUUCAAACGUGCCAACUCUCGUAAUCAUUUCAAUAUAUGCGCUCCAUCCAAAGUACUACAUGUCACCAAUUUACCGGACUCAAUAGAUGAUGACAAUUUAAAAAGUAUUUUUGAAAAUGGUACCAAUUAUCAAGUUUCACGUAUUAAAUCUUUCAAAGCUGAAAAGAAAAUGGCUUUAGUCGAAUUUAAAAAUUUAGAAGAAGCAGUUUCAGCAUUAAUUGCAAUGCAUAAUUAUCCUAUCGAAGAGAAUAUGCAUAUUCGUGUCAGUUUCAGUAAAUCUGCCUUAUAAAAUGUCAAAUGAAUAGAAAGUAGUCAGUGAUACUAUAAAAUGCAUAACUUUCAUUCAUGCCUCUAUUAAUCUGUUUCACUUUAAAUGUAUGUUUUUUCUCACUAUUCUUCGUUUACAGUUAAUGCUAAUUUCUUCUUCUAAAAUUACGUUUGAUUAAUGUAAGUACUUCACUUCAAAAAAAUACAACGAUAAUAAACGCAUUCUGAAU